CCAUUCAAUUCAUUAUUAUUCGGUGACACACCUUAUCUCUCAUCUCAUUCAUUUCAUUUCAUUUCAUUUCAUUCAUCCCUAAUACACACAAAAACGCAAAAGCAACACAACUCAACUCCAGCUACCACUUCACUUCUUCCCAUCAAAUCAACCCUAGCUAAGUUUGCUAUUAUUAACAUCGAUUUAUACAUAAUAUAUACUUCUAAGUACCUUAUUAUUCAUUCAAACUGUAAUACCACAUAAAUUAAUCUUUACUCACUAUGUUCUGGAUCAGCUAACAAGCCAUACUAAGUUGUCGAUCAACACAAACAGAGGAAAAAUGAAUCACUAUGUUCCAGAUUUCGAUAUUCAAAUGGACGACGAAGAGGAUUACCCUAUACACAUCUCAAAGAAACCUUCCCUGCAAAACGAUGAGAUCAUGGAACUAUUAUGGCAAAACGGUCAAGUCGUGGUGCAAAGCCAAAACCACCGCCAAUUUAGAAAACCGCCACCGCCAACCACCAACACCGGCGAUCGUGUGAUUCCUGAGAGAGGAAUUCGAUCCUCCGAUGCUGAACACUAUAAUAUCAACCAACAUCUCUUCAUGCAAGAAGACGAAAUGGCAUCGUGGCUUUUCGAUUCAAUGAACGAAGAUCCUCCUUUCAGCCGUCACGAUUUCAGCGCAGGAACACUCUUCCAUCCACCAACCGUUACUGGCGAUCAGAAAUACGGCGGUGUUGUACAAUCCAACGGCCGUGAAUCGGAGCCUCUUCAGCAACCGAGGCCAGCAGCGGCUCCUCGGCCUCCGAUUCCACCGUCGAAGAAGCCGGAGCAGGCGACUUGUAGGAAACAGAAUUUCGGGCAUUUCUCGACCCGCAGCAAUGCGGGGAGCGAGCCAGGUGCGUCUUCAAGUUCGAUGAUUGCGGCGGCGCAGGAAUCAACGGUGGUGGAUUCAUGCGAUACGCCGUUCAUGGCGGCAAAAACUUAUGUUGCAUCGACGCUAUCGGAAACAGCCAGGAGCACGGCGGAAACUGGAUUCGUUAGCAUGAGCUCCGCCGGAAAAGCGGAAACAUCGGCCGGUGGAAGGGAGACGACGACGGUUGAUAUGACAGUGACGUCAUCUCUUGGAGGUUCAAGCGAGAGUGCUGAACCGGUUCAGAAGGAAGCAGUGUUGGACCGGAAGAGAAAAGGUCGUGAACCGGAUGAAUCUGAGUUUCAAAGCGAGGAUGUCGAUUUUGAAUCCAAGGAAGAAAAAAAACAAAUCCGUGGAUCUGCAUCGAAGAGAUCCCGUGCUGCAGAGGUUCAUAAUCUCUCCGAAAGGAGGCGUCGAGAUAGAAUUAAUGAAAAGAUGAAAGCUUUGCAAGAACUUAUACCUCGGUGCAACAAGUCUGACAAAGCAUCAAUGUUAGAUGAAGCAAUCGAAUACUUAAAGUCAUUGCAGUUACAAGUACAGAUGAUGUCCAUGGGAUGUGGCAUGGUACCUAUGAUGUUUCCUGGAAUUAGGCAGUAUAUGCCGGCAAUGGGGAUGGGAAUGGGAAUGGGUUUGGGGAUGGAAAUGGGAAUGGGAAUGAACAGAACAGUGAUGCCAUUUCCAAAUAUGAUAGCAAGUACUCCUUUACCAGCAGCAACAGUAGCUGCUCAUUUUGGACAAAGGUUUGCUAUGGCUCCUUUCCAUAUGCCCCAUGUUGCUGCAGCAGCACCUGAUUCAUCAGAUAAUAACCCCCUUAACUCCCUUGGUAGUAGUGCUACUCUUUCUCCAGAUCAAUCACGCAUCCCAAACUUCACUGAUACUUAUCACCAAUUCCUCGGUCCACACCAGCUGCAGAUGCAAUUAAUGCAGUCAAUGAACCAGCAAAGUGUCAACAAGCCAGGUACCAGUGGGGCCCAAGAUAAUCCAGAAAAGCAUCAGUCAGGUUAAAUUAUACGGCAUCUAUAUACACCAUAGCAGCUACCAUGGUGGUUUAAUGUGAGAGAACUAACAUUUUAGCAAGUCUCAGUAGCAACCUAAUCUUAAUACACAGUUAACAUGUAAAUUAUUGUCGCCCUAGUAGUAUUAUUUCUAUUUUAUUUUUUGACACAGCCCUUGUAGUAUUAUUGUUCCCUCCCUUUUAGACCCAUCAUUUUUUUUAUUAUGGAAAGUAUUCUUUAUACAAUCCACUCAAAA